AUGGGAGACUCCUCCGCCUGUGAAUACGCCCAGCGCAGCCAUCUCGGUGUCUUGUUGCAUGGCAGAGCUGUGUUCCCUGGCAAGCUCCUGGUUCAAGCUGCUGCCCCGCCUCGCACCCUUCUCACGGCUGGUCUGGUCAUUGACGACCUGGUGCUUCUGCAGCGGUGCUUGCUUGCUGACCGGCCCGGCGCUGGGCUACCUGCAUCGUUGGGCGCUUCUCAGCUUCAAGCCGCGCUUGACGCCUACAAGGCUGCUCCGUUGGACUUUAAUCCCAAGAAGAAGACUUUUGCUGAUGAGCUCCAAGCCAUGUUUUGGGGAGUCGACUGUUGUGGGACGUUGGGUCUUGUUCGCACCGCGCCUGCCUGGUACUGGCCCCUCGUGCUGAUCACCCUUCGGGUGGUGCAACUUGGCCUCUGCGCACGGGCGCUGAAGCUUGAAAUCCUCCUGGGUUCGUGGCUUGCCGUCUCUGCUCCGACGGAGGCUGCUGUCCCUUGCCUCCUUGCCGUUCAAGGCUGUGCAGCAUGGCGCGCCGGCCACCUGGCCGUGUUGGACUUGCGUGCGAGCAUUUGCCCUUGGAUUUUUCGCCACCGAUGCUUCGAGCACCUGGCAAGCCGGAAUCAAGGCGCCUCUUCCCGAGCCAUUGCCCGUGAGUUUCUGCGGCGCUCCUUGCAAAAGGGGGCGUGGAUCCGCCUUCUUGCCCCUGCCGCUGCCCACUUACGUGAGCAACAGCUUCUUGAACCGGAAGCCGAGCUGCCCGAUGAUGAAGUGUUCUCCACUCAUCCUGUCGCUGUUGCUGCGGCCACCGUACCUGUGUACGCCUGCGCCUGGCGAAAAGAGUACAAGGCUCGUGUGCGUAUCAAUGUGGCUGAGCUCGAAGCCUUUCUCCGUGAAGAAGCGAGGAUCUUUGAGCGAUCCUCCUUCGUGCAAUGUCGGUAUAGAUUAUGUUUAGAUCUGAACAAUCUUGCCAUGGCGUCCAUGCAGCGUGCCAAGAACACGGCCUCCCAGAGUGAGAUUCGAAGGAUUCUUCGUGCGCGCCUGGAUGUGGAAGUCAUUGAUUCCUGGCUGAAGGAUAGAGUUUUUCAGCCGGAACAGGUGGCCAAGUUGUUUGUUACAGCACUGGUCGAAGUUCUGUCUUGGACCCCUCGACUGAACAAGAGCACGCUAUCCCCUGCCUUCUCUGAGAUUUUCCGUCUCAGUCAAGCAGAUGCCAAUGCUUUGUCACAGGCUUGGGUGGACUAUGUGACGCACUGUCGACAGGAUGCUGGUAAGAAGCGGACAGCAUCUCCGGAGACUUUGGACAUCAGUAGUGGCGACGAGCCAGCAGCCUCGUCGUCGAAGCGUACUCCAACAGAAGCGGCCCUGAAGGCAUCUGCUCGAAGUUUUGGUAUCCAUGUAGGUAGUCCCGUGAAAGUACGUGGCCACUGGGUGGAUUGGUCAGCCACGCAGGUGAAGCGAAGCGGUGCUGAUGGAAUAGAAGUAGCGGACAAGCUUGAGUAUGGCGAGCAGGGCUUCGUGGUGGCGUUUUUUGGCCAGGACCAGAUCAUGACUGAGAUGCCCAACUUGUUUCUUCGCAUGGCCAGGGCUGGUGAAGGAGGCGGGUCGACUAUGAAGCGACCAGCUGCGGUCAUGAAGAGACCCAGCAAAGCUUCCAAGCGUGCGUGCUCGCCUGAUGCAGAUGCCGUGGCGGUUGCUGAGAGUGACGAGGACCAUGCGGCGGUGGCGGAUGACCCGGGGCCUGCUGGAGUUGCUGUUGUAGAUGAUUCUUUGGCGUUGACUGUUUUAGGCGUUUUUAAGACGGCUGCGACGGGACAGUCGUAUGUACAGGCCAAGCUAAGCGAUGGCAAGAAGAAGCUUCUGGUUAGUAUUCCUAAGUCCAUGAGCGAAGCUCAUCAGGACAAGAUUAAGGUUUUGCACAAGCUGGCCCAGGCCAAGUAUGCGGAGUUGGACUUCGAUGCUUUGAAGCGUCUGUUGCUUGCCCGCAGGGCGGAGAUUCUGUAG